GAUGAUUAUGCCGGGCAUCCGACACUGGGCCACGAUAAGAUCGUCCCGCUCACCCAGAGCGCCUCGACGGGAUUUGAAGGACAGUUAGAGCUUCGAUUCAAUCCGUUCCUCUAUGUUUCAGGCGGCUGCGAUCCGUAUCCCGCUGUUGAUGCCACCGGCAAUCUUGGGGAAGGUCUGAGGCCGACUGGAGGUGGCAGAAGCGGAUGUGAUGCCGGAGGCACUGCCCAAGUCUAUGUCAGGGGUGGACAAAGUCAGGAUCGUACUGGUAUCAUGUUUUCCUACUACAUGCCCAAGGUCCGCUGGGGCAAGGGCAACAACGAAGGUCAUAGACACUACUGGGCCAGCGUGGUAAUCUGGUUGAACCAGUUUGGCUGCGGGGAAGACGCCUCAUCCGUGUCGCCUGUGGGUGUGUCAUUUACGACCGAUCAUCUUGUCUGGGAUACUGCACCGGCGGGCAAAAUCUCGUACGCUUCCUCGGGAGUCGGAGUGGAUACGCCGACACACCCCAAAAUGCAGAUUCACGACAAUGCCUUCUCCCCAUUCACAGGUGCUGAUGGAGACAAGGUGUUUGAGCGCACAGUCGUCAGCUGGUUCUCUCUUCCCGAGGCUGCGAAGAAAGCGUUGUCCGAUGUCAAAUACGAAAAGACUCAAGUGCCGUUCACCGACGCCAACUUCCAGGCUCAGCUGGACGCCGCAUACCGAGAAAGCUUUUACGGCGGUCUUACGGACCAGCAGGGAUGC